UAAUUUAAUUAAUAAGAUUUACCGUAAAUUAUAACUCUGCCGCGUUUAGUCAAUAAAACAAUUUGAUUAUUCCAAUACCCUAUUUUCUACUCUUUUCCCCUAAAUUCAAGAUCACACGGUUCUUAAGCCUGAAAUCAGCAAUAUUUGCGGCAACGACGUGGAAGCUACUGAAUUACUGUAGAUGUGAUUUGUCUCCUCCUCAUCCACACACACAUGCGCUAUUUGGACGAUCCCGAUCCGUUGGCUGGUGCAGUCAAGAGAAUGGAGGGGCAGAGAUCGUGUUCGGAGGCGUUCGCAUACUUCCACGUUGACGCAGGAUUACCCUUUUUGACCACGUUUUUCGAAUGCCGUUUUUGUGCCCUGCGCGCUUUAAACACAGCGGCAAAUCAAAGCUGACGAUUUCGAGCGCAACGGCAAUGGAGAGGGAGCCCUUCAUUCCCUUCCCCGACGACUACUUCCACGGCGGCGAGACCUGCCUGCCCUGGCCCUUGUCGCCGGACCUGCUCCACUUCGAUUGUCCAACCGCCGCCACCGCCGCCUACCCGGACCUCUCGCCGGAGUUCGAUCCCCCACCGCGGGAGGUCUAUCGGAGCGCAUUCCGGAGGUAUGAGGGUGCGCAUAUGACGGAGUGCUCGAUCUCUGGGGCUGCCGGCAGCGGCGGCCGGAACAUACACCGGCGGGUGGUGGAUAUGCUGAAAAGUAUCCCGAAGGAGGAGGAGCAGACGCCGAGCCCCGUGGCGAUGAGCCGCGGAUUCAGGCACAUGAUGAGGGAGCGGAAGCGGCGGGAGAAGCUCAGCCAGAACUACGCGGAUUUGUACUCCAUGAUCGCCUCGAGAUCAAAGGGCGACAAGAACUCGAUCGUUCAAUCGGCCACUCAGUACGUGCGAGAGCUGAAGGGGGUGAAGAAGGCGCUUCAGCAGCGCAACGAGGAGCUCAAGGCGGGGAUUCUCGGAAGCGAUGAAGUGGCGACAAUCAAAAUUAGGGUAGAGAAUCCUUCUUCUCCCAUAGACUCCAUGAUCGGAGCUCUUCGAUGCUUGCAGAGCAUGGGUGUGACGGCCAAAGCCGUUCAGUCUGAUCUCUCUCGUUCUGAGUUUUCUGCCACCAUUGGCAUCGAUACCAAGAUAGCGACGGCUGACGUGGAGAAAGCCAUGGAAAGUGUUCUGAUGGAAGUAGAGAAGCAGCUUCCUGGAAUCAGCUAUCGGCCUCAACAAUGUCAAGUGAAAAUGUAACAUAUUUCUCCACGUUUUAGCAUAUCUUUCGAGUUCUUUAAUUUUAGCAAAGUCAAUCGUUUGACCAUGUUCUUCAAGAGAUGCGAUACAAGUUUGACGAGGUCGUAUUAUCACUUGUUUAGAAUUGACAAAGUCAACCAUAAGAAGGCUGCUGGAUCGAGGUUUCGUUUAUGAAAUUGUUUUUUUAUUAGUUUACACAUUGUGCAGUGUUUUUUCAUGUUAAAUUGUAUUGAUUUGUAUCAAAAUGCGCACGUUUAAAACUUUAAAUGCUGCUCUCGCGGUAGCCUUUUGAUUUCUA